GCGGUGGCAUUUCUGGAGUACUGGAAACGUAAGAGCGCUUCGUUGGCACACAAUUGGGAUUCAAUUGAUUGCGUGGAAGAAGAGAGACCGCGGCCACAGUUCAGCGCUCGGGCGCCAUAUCUGGAGCGCAAUCCCAUUACCGGUCAUAAGGAGCCGGCGUUUCCACAUAGAGUCCGGUGCCUACGUAUGGCAGCCGGAUAUAUGACCAUCAUUUCAAUGCUGAUGUUGGUAUUCAUAUUCAUGCUGGCGGUCAUCAUAUAUCGCAUAAUAUUAGUAUCGAUGCAAUCGUUUCAAAGCCCAGGCCUGAGACCCAUCGCCUCCCUCAUAGCCACCUCUUCCGGUGCUUUUGUUAAUCUCAUACUCAUUAUGAGUGUCGGCAGAGUCUAUGAGAAACUCGCCUAUAGGCUCACCGAAUGGGAAAUGCACCGGACACAAUCGGAGUUUGACAACCAGUUGGCUUUCAAAGUGUUCCUGUUCCAAUUCUGCAAUUUCUAUUCAUCCAUUUUCUACAUUGCGUUCUUUAAGGGCCGAUUCGUAGGCACUCCUGGAAAUUAUGGCACUUUCCUCGGUCUACGCAAUGAAGAGUGCAGUAACUAUGGUUGUUUAAUGGAACUAACACAACAGCUGGCAAUCAUCAUGAUUGGCAAACAGGUAAUCAACAACGCACGGGAAAUGAUAUGGCCUCGUAUACAAUCGUGGAUGCACCGUAAACGUACCAUGAUCGAUCAUCGCAAUCGCCGGUACACUAGUUGGGAACGGGACUACCGGCUCAUACCCUAUGAGGGCUUAUUUGAGGAGUACCUGGAAAUGAUACUCCAGUUUGGUUUCAUCACGAUCUUUGUGGCUGCGUUCCCAUUGGCCCCGUUGUUCGCAUUGCUUAAUAACUGGUUUGAGAUACGACUGGACGCACAUAAACUCGUUUGUCACACACGGAGACCGGCGCCCGACAGGGCCAACAACAUCGGUGUCUGGUUUCCAAUACUUACAUUUAUAGCACAUAUCGCCGUCAUUAGUAAU